CAGAAAAGCUCUCAAGCUAGAUUUUGCCAGCACUCCUUUCCUUCAUCUUCACCUCCAACUCGUCAAUGGCGGAUUACAAGCCUAACGCUGUUCCUCCAAUGGCCACCGGCUAUCCUUCCGGCGCUCCUCCGAUCCCAAUGCCCGGAUUCCAAUCUCAAGCUCCUGCUCAAUGGUCCACCGGCCUCUGCGAUUGCUUCGAUGAUUGCAGCACCUGUUGCCUCACUUUCUGGUGCCCCUGCAUCACCUUCGGCCGGAUUGCAGAGAUAGUUGAUCGCGGCUCAACAUCAUGUGGGACGAGUGGGGCGUUGUACACGUUGAUCGCGUUGGUGACGGGAUGCCAGUGCUUAUAUUCGUGUUUUUAUCGUUCAAAAUUGCGCGCGCUAUAUGCUCUUCCAGAAAGCCCCUGCAAUGAUUGUCUUGUCCACUGCUGUUGUGAGGCCUGUGCGCUUUGCCAGGCUUAUCGUGAGCUCCAGAACCGUGGAUUUAACAUGUCCUCAGGAUGGCAAGGCAACAUGGAGAAAAUGCAAGUGAACCAGGCGCCGCCUGUGCAAGGAGGAAUGACGCGUUGAUCUCCUAUUUUAACUGAGUUUUCAUGCCUGUGUGAUUCUGAUCUCUUCUUCUUUUGGCAAGUUUUCAGUUCUUAUCGCCUCUUCAAUCUUCUUAUAAUUUCCUCGCGGUUUAUCUUCCAAAGUGGUGUCAUUUAGAGCAUGAGAAGAAAGAAGAAAAUCUCGUUGCUGUUGUUGCUGCUGUUGUUGUUGUUGUUCUGUGUGUAAGAUUAGUUGUUUGUAAAUUGUUUUAGAUUUGCUUAUCGAUGGUUGUUCUGUUUUAUUUAGACUGUUGUAGUAGAUUUGGU